AUGGCCUUCAUCAGCAAUAACAUCAACAGCAACAAGAUUAAGGAAACAUGGGGCUACAACAGAAGUUAUAGUUGCGGGAAAGAAACUUUAGGUAGUAAGUUUUCAUGGCCACCAAGACCUUACACAUGCAGUUUCUGUAGAAGGGAAUUUAGAUCUGCUCAAGCUCUUGGAGGUCAUAUGAAUGUGCAUAGGAGAGAUCGAGCUAGGUUGAACCAAUCAAUUCCUUGGGUCGACAUGAACCAAUAUCAGCACGCUAACUUCAUUAUCCCUAACCCUAGUUUUCCCCCAUCAUCCUCAACUACUGCUUUCACUAAUCACCAUUUCCCACCAGCCUAUCCUCCUACAAUUGCUUAUUUCUUGCCUAGUAGUACUACUCCUCCAUCUAUCACUGCUUGUUCGUCAUCAACACCACCACCUUCUACUGAUGAAAAUAUUAGGAUAAAAUCAUCAUCAACUAUAUUUAUAAGUUCAUCUUCUUUCCGUCAGUCAUCCAGCACGAAAGGCUCUACUACAUUUCCUAUGAUGGAAAUGUCGUUGGAAAUCGGAGACCAACAUCAGCUUGAGGAUCUCAUGAAUGAGAAUUACAAUCACCACCAGUACUGUGGUAGCAACAAUAACAUGAAGAUUGAUGGUGAAAAUCUUAGGCUAGAUUUGGAGAUUGGCAUGUGCUCUGAAGAUGACUUGGAUUUGGAGCUGAGGCUUGGGUUUUCUUCAUAA